AUGGCACGGGUGUUGCAGGACUUUGUUGGUACUUGGGUCUCCAUCCGGCUGGACGGCGAGAACAAGGCGGUGGAGUACAACUCCGUGGGCGUCAUGGAGGAUGCCGUCAGGGUGGUCUUCCGAGGACCCCGGGUCGAUGACCUCUUUGACCGUAACUGGCACAAGAUGGCCCUGAGCGUCCAGGGCCAGAGCGUGUCCCUGUACAUUGACUGCGCGCUGGUGCAGACGCUGCCCAUCGAGGCCCGUGAGAACAUCGACAUCCGUGGGAAGACGGUCAUCGGCAAGCGCCUCUACGACAGCGUCCCCAUUGACUUUGACCUGCAGUGGAUUGUCAUUUACUGUGACUCGCGACAUGCUGAGCUGGAGACUUGCUGUGACAUCCCUUCUGGUCCGUGCCAGGUGACCAUCGUGACAGAGCCUCCGCCUCCUCCCCAGCAGCCCCCCACCUCUGGCAGUGAACAGAUUGGGUUUUUGAAGACCAUCAACUGCUCCUGCCCAGUUGGAGAAAAGGGUGACAGGGGCUUCGAUGGCCCGGUGGGACUCCCUGGUCCAAAGGGAGAAAUUGGGCCGGUUGGAAUGCCUGGACCCAAAGGAGAGAAAGGAGACUCGGGCAGAGGGCCUUUCGUCCAAGGAGAAAAGGGUGAGAAGGGCUCCCUGGGCCUGCCUGGACCCCCCGGGAGAGACGGCAGCAAAGGCAUGAGGGGGGAACCAGGAGAGCCGGGCGAGCUGGGGCUUCCUGGCGAGGUGGGCAUGCGGGGCGCCGAGGGACCCCCUGGACUUCCGGGACCCCCUGGACAUGUCGGAGCUCCUGGUCUCCAAGGAGAGCGUGGUGAAAAGGGCUCCCGAGGAGAAAAGGGGGAACGAGGCCUGGAUGGAUUCCCCGGGAAGCCAGGAGAGGCAGGACCGCAGGGGAGAGCUGGUCCUCCCGGCGUGGCAGGUCCCCAAGGAGAGAAGGGUGACGUGGGACCUGUAGGACCUCCUGGUAUACCAGGCUCUGUGGUGCAGAAAGCGGGCCUGAAGGGCGAACAGGGAGCUCCCGGACCUCGAGGUCACCAGGGCCCACCUGGCCCACCAGGCGCUCCGGGUCUCAUCGGCCCAGAAGGCAAGGAUGGGCCUCCAGGUUUGCCAGGUCUUCGCGGGAAGAAAGGUGAGAUGGGCCCUCCUGGACUGCUGGGACCACAGGGCCCCCCAGGACCACCUGGUGUCCCAGGACCCCCAGGACACGGAGGCCCCCCGGGCUUGCCGGGCGAGAUCGGCUUCCCAGGAAAAUCGGGGCCUCCAGGACCAGUGGGGCCACCUGGGAAAGAUGGACUGGAUGGAGCACCUGGCCUGCCAGGACCCAAGGGGCAGCCAGGUGAAAGAGGAGAAGAUGGUCCCCCAGGGAGACCUGGCCUUCGGGGUGACGUUGGAGAGCAGGGCCUGGCAGGCCGACCUGGAGAGAAGGGAGAAGCAGGUCUCCCAGGUGCUCCGGGAUUCCCAGGUUUGAGGGGAGUGAAAGGAGAGCAGGGAGAAAAAGGUGAACUGGGACUUCCAGGACCGAAAGGCAGCCCAGGAGAAAAGGGUGAAGCUGGCCCGGCAGGUCCCCCUGGAUUACCUGGAACUACCUCCCUGUUCACACCACACCCGAAGGUGCCGGCCGAACAGGGCCCCAGAGGAGAGAAGGGCGAUGCGGGCAUGCCUGGAGAGCCGGGACCUCAGGGCCAUCCUGGAGAAUUGGGGCCUCGGGGACCACCGGGACCGCCGGGUGCCAAGGGACAAGAAGGAGCCCAUGGCCCCCCCGGAGUGGCUGGAAACCCGGGUGCUCCUGGAUCUGUGGGCCCCCCAGGCCCCAGUGGUCCCCCAGGAAGUGUGGGCCCCCCUGGCACCAGAGGCCCCCCGGGGAAAGAUGGAGAGCGCGGUGAAAAGGGCUCAGUGGGUGAAGAAGGAAGCCCAGGGCCAGCUGGGCCCAGGGGUGACCCUGGUGCUCGCGGGCUCCCUGGAGCCCCUGGCAAAGGCAAGGAUGGAGAGCCGGGACUUCGUGGACCACCUGGGUUACCUGGGCCCCUGGGAAGCAAGGGUGACCGAGGUACACCUGGGAUCCCUGGCUCUCCUGGCAGCCGUGGUGACCCUGGCAUUGGGAUUGCUGGCCCCCCUGGGCCUGCUGGACAACCAGGAGAGAAGGGACCCAUGGGAUCUCGAGGUUUACCUGGCUUCCCAGGGCCCCAGGGACCAGCUGGCCAGGACGGCAUACCGGGGAAUCCAGGAGAAAGGGGUCCCCCUGGCAAACCAGGUGCCUCUCCGCUGUUGUCUCCAGAGGACAUAAAGCUGUUGGUUAAGGAUGUGUGCCAUGACUGUCCUCCUGGCCCCCCAGGCCUCCCUGGUCUGCCAGGAUUUAAGGGGGACAAAGGACUCCCUGGAAAGCAAGGGAGAGAAGGCACAGAAGGGAAAAAGGGAGACACUGGGCCCAGAGGUCUCCCAGGAGCCCCAGGACUACCUGGACCACAGGGAAGUAAAGGAGAGCACGGCGUAGAUGGGGAGGUUGGACAGAAAGGUGAUCAGGGCCAUCCUGGAAUUCCAGGUUUCAUGGGGCCCCCAGGGAAUCCUGGACCACCGGGAGCGGAUGGAAUUGCGGGAGCUGCUGGACCACCAGGAAUCCAAGGGCCUCCGGGGAAGGAAGGCUCAGCUGGACCCCCGGGCCCCCCUGGAUUACCAGGCAUCCCAGGAGAAGAAGGCAAAGAGGGCAGAGAUGGAAAACCGGGGGCCCCUGGAGAGCCGGGCAAAGCUGGAGAGCCGGGCCUGCCAGGACCAGAGGGAGCACGAGGCCCACCUGGUUUCAAGGGACACACAGGCGAUUCUGGUGCCCCUGGCCCCCGGGGAGAGCCUGGUGCCAUCGGUCCCCCUGGCUGGGAAGGGUCUCCAGGAAAAGAUGGGGAUGCUGGACCCACAGGCCCGCAGGGGCCCCGAGGACUGAGGGGCCUGCCGGGGAAGAAUGGAUCACCUGGCUCCCCGGGAGACCCUGGCUCUCCCGGAAACCCAGGUCAGAAAGGAGGCAAAGGAGAAAGUGGCAACCCAGGACUUCCUGGAUUCCAGGGCCCACGUGGGCCUCCGGGAGAACCAGGAGAGAAAGGAGUUCCGGGCAAGGAGGGUGCUGCUGGGAAGCCCGGAGAGCCUGGGUCCAAAGGAGAGAGGGGUGAUCCCGGGACCAAAGGGGACAAAGGGCCUCCCGGAGGGAAGGGCCAGCCUGGGGACCCUGGAAUUCCAGGUCACAAGGGCCACACGGGUCUGAUGGGCCCCCAGGGACCACCGGGGGAGAACGGAGCAGCAGGCCCCCCCGGGCCUCCAGGCCAGCCAGGAUUCCCAGGACCGAGGGGGGAGUCCCCAUCCACGGACACCCUGCGUCGGCUCAUUCAGGAAGAGCUUGGGAAACAGCUGGAAGCCAAACUUAGCUACCUCCUGGCCCAAAUGCCCCCAGCACACAUGAAGGCAUCUCAAGGCAGACCUGGGCCCCCUGGACCCCCUGGGAAAGAUGGGCUUCCGGGCCGCGCCGGCCCCAUGGGGGAUCCAGGCAGGCCGGGACAGGGUGGUCUGGAAGGACCUUCUGGACCUGUAGGACCCAAAGGUGAGCGAGGAGCCAAAGGUGAUCCAGGUGCACCUGGAGUGGGCCUGCGCGGCGAGACGGGUCCCCCUGGAAUCCCAGGUCAACCUGGAGAGCCUGGUUAUGCUAAAGACGGACUUCCUGGAAGCCCUGGGCCUCAAGGGGAAACAGGACCGGCAGGACACCCUGGACCCCCAGGCCCGCCAGGACCCCCGGGCCAGUGUGACCCCUCCCAGUGUGCCUACUUUGCCAGUCUGGCUGCCCGACCAGGGAACGUGAAGGGUCCCUAG